GUAACACAUUGGCCAGUCAAAUCGGCGGGAGAUGAACUUUAGGGGCAGGUGGGUUGCCUUAAAGUGGAGAUACAGCACAGGUGAAGACCACUGAAGAUAUCUUGGCAGACCGAUAUCCAUGUAGUUUUUAGGCAGCUGGAAUGUAUCUUUUCUUGUUUAUUUUGCCUGCGAGAUACCUGUCGCGCCAUAAGUGAGACACGAAGAGAUCUAGCCCGCGAACAUGGCACGCCCCCGUCAGCCCGUCCACUAGGGGAUCGCCUAGGGAACAUACCGUGCAUGCGUGCAUGACUGGACUGACUGCCAGGUCUUGUCAGGCACAUUUGCUGAUUUGCUGUGGUAUGGGGUUGGAAGACCUCAUUUUUACUGGUUCUUAGUGGUUCGGUGGAGAGGAUUUAACCAAGUUGGAAGCAGGGUGUCGCCCUGCGAGCUGUGCCUCUCUCAGUCGUCCCCAGUUGUACCUGGUCGAUCCCCGGUCAGUCCCUCUUAGUCAACUGAACAUCGUUCACCAUUUUAUCUCACGUCCUCCUGCCCUUUUUCUUCUUUUCUUCUUCCUACAUCCAGCCGUAAAACUUCCAAAAGUCGUCUUCAGACUCCCACACUCUUUUUUAAUCUUCGCAGCUCAGCCUAGCUCGCGUCCAGCCCAACGGCAACUUCCACUCUUUUAUCAAUCCGCUCCCUUCUCGGUACCUGUGGUUUUUAGUAAUUCCAAUUCUCUUCACCAACAUCAAGAUGCGUUCUACUACCGCCUUCGCCUCUGCCUUGGCCUUUGCUGCCUCGGCCUUCGCCCAGACUCCUGGUUACGCCGUCCUCACUUCUCCCGCCGAGGGUCAGCAGGUCGCCUCUGGCCAGACUUUCACCAUCAAGUGGCAGCCUGGCUCAUACACUGGCGCUGCCACCAUCACCCUUCUCGGUGGUGAGACUUCUACCACUCUCCUUCCUGGCCCCGUCCUCGCAACUGUUGAGGUUUCUGAGGGUACCUUCUCUUGGACUGUUGACUGCUCGCUCGGCACCGACAAGACCUAUGGUAUCAAGAUCGCCUCCGUCGCCGACUCUGCGACUUUCCAGUACAGCUUCCCGUUCGCCAUCGCUGGCCCCUCGUGCAGCACCGGUGCUGAGAGCAGCAGCGCCUCGGUCGCCUCGGUCGCCUCUAGCAGCUCUGCUGGUGGCUACCCCACCGAGGGCUACCCUACUCAGGGUUACCCUACCUUGAGCAGCAGCUCCGUUAUCAGCUCGGCUAGCAGCCCGGCUAGCAGCUCGGCUCCUCCUUCUUACCCUACUGCUACCGUCUCUAGCAGCAGCGUCAUCGUUACCAGCAGCAUCGUUACCAGCAGCAGCAGCGUCGUCGUUAGCAACGCCACCAGCGCUAGCAGCACCAAGGUCCCGACCUACCCUACUGUUGUCCCCUCCGGCAACCUGUCCACCACCGCUAAGGUUCCCACCUACGUCCCCACGACCGUCAUCACCAGCUCCGGCUACGCCUCUGUGACCUCUGCCCCUAGCGCUACCACCUCGGCAGCCACCACCAUCCCCACUGCUGGUGCUAGCAACGUUGCUGCUGGCUCCCUGGCUUUGGUCGGUGGUCUUGCCUUCGCCCUGUUCGGCAUGUAAGGCGGAAUCGCAUCUGUUUUCUGUUCGCGAUGACGUUUUCAAUUAAUUUGGUUGUUUUACCGGCGAGAGCAAGGGAUUGGAGCUAAUGAACUAAUUGACCACACCGAGAUACCUUUCUGAGCGGCAUCGGCUGUAGAUGUGGACAUGUUGGAUGCGAUGGAUAUCGUGAUACCACCAAAUAUGUCAAUAUAAACAGCCUGCUAUACCUGAAUAUACCCAUAAAAACUCA